GUUUUUGUCAUACACAAGAGAUUUCAAACUUACAAUAUAAACACACUAUUUUAGGUAACAAAUUAAAACAACACUGAAAUUUAUCAAAAUGGGGAAUUGUUCUUUCAAGGAUACAACUGGAGAAUGCCAUCACUCUAUCCGAAUUCUAACCGACACCGGUACUAUUUUACAGUUCAAAGGUCCUAAAACAGUUGCACAAAUCCUCGACAGUUACCGCGGUUAUGGUGUCUUUCGCCAAGGCCAUGCGUCUUUACCGUUGCAAGAGAAAGAGAGUUUAAGCUAUGGUUUUCUCUAUUAUCUUCUUCCACUGAAGGAUGAUGACCAAAAGGCUAUGAGUGAUGAAAGAGUAAAGAACUCGGUGCGCGUUGCAGCGUGUGAUUAUAUGGAGAAUAAUGGCUCUGCUGUUGAAGUGUUGCCGUAUUCAGUUAAGAAUGGUGUAUGGAAGGUGAAGUUGGUGAUUGAUACAAAACAUUUAGAGGAGAUUUUGUCGGAACAAGUGAAUACUGGUGCAUUGAUUGAGAAGAUGAGAAUGGCUGCAACUGCAUAUUCUACUAGUAGUCCUACAAGGAGCAGAAGCAUGAGCGCUUGGAAAGUGGGAUGGAAACCAACAUUGUUUGGAAAGAUUACGAAAAGUGCUGUUGUUGCUGCUGCUGCAGAAGGAUCAAUUUUGGAUUUGGACUCUUGUUAAGAAAAGGAUAUCUGGUUUAUGUUUAUGAUUUCAAGAAUGAGAUUAUGAUAAUGUUGAAUUGUAAGUGUUAGGUUUUCCCUAACUAUAAGGUCCAUAGAGGACUUGAUUAAAUAUGUUUAGAAAUUCUAGGAAUAUAUUUGGAUGACUAGUCCAAAUAUUGGUCAUAUAUGCAAUUAAUGUAAGUGUUAUUGAACACUUUCAAGUGUGACUGUAAUUCUUAAUUUUUUGUUGUGAACGACUCAUAAAACUAAAUGGCCUAAUCAUUGAUGUUAGAACAAGAACUAUUAAAAGAGUAAAUAGAAACAUAAAUUGCAAC